AUGGAGUUUGAAAACAAGGAAGCUUGCGUUUUUGCUCUGCAACAUUGGCAUUUAACACACAGUGUUGACUAUUGGGUUUACCAAUCUGACAAUGAACGAUAUAUAAUUAAAUAUAAGAAACAAAACUGCAAUCUCAAAUGCAGAGCUUCCUUGAGAAAAAGGAACUCAAAAUGGGUGAUUGGUAAGUUGUCUGGGCCUCACACAUGCACUACCACAUCUAUGGCACAAGACCAUAGGAAGCUCAGUUCAGAAAUGAUUAGCGACAACAUUAGAGAGCUUGUCAACCGAGACGCUUCACUUAAGGUGAAGGUGAUCAUUGCCCAUAUUCUUGAAAAAUACAGGUACAUAAUAUCUUAUAGGAAAGCAUGGAUCACUGAGUGUAAGGCCAUAGAGUCGCUCUACGGAAAUUGGGAAGCAUCUUACAACUACCUGCCAUAG